UUUUUUUAAAGAAAAUAUCAGAUAAGUAUCGGUUGAUACUCAAAGUUUCAGUAUCAGUAUUGGAAAAGUGGUAUUCUGUCGUCUAUUUCUAACAGUAUUUAAAAAGUGAUGGUGAUUACACUACCUUCAGUCCUCUGAUGGACAGCCAUAUUCGGAGCAACUAGAAAUACAUGCAUACAAGUUAAGGCACAUUUCACUACUGAGGAUCCAGGCCUGAGGUGAAACACCUGAGUCGGAGUGCAGGUGUGUAGUUUGGAGUCAAGGUGUUUAUGUGAUGCUGAGAGGUUUGAAUGUGAUUCUUGCCACUCGAAAAAUCCAAUGAGUGUUGGCAGUAGAGCUUACAUUUGAAGUCAGACCAGCAAGUAGAGCUACUGUGUAGUCAACACUGUAUGUAAAUAUAACUUGUAUGCAGAUUUGAACAGCUUGUUUAGUCAGUGGUUGAUGUCAUGUGGUCGUGAGAGUUAAGGACAUCAUCUAAAAUUACACAGAUUAUUAGCUGUGUUAGAUAGGGUGGGUGAGGAAGUAAGGGGGGGAGGGUGUGGUUGUCAUGGUUACAGAAGUGCACAGUUUAGUUUAUUCCUGGGGUUGUAAAGAUGAAUUUUCUAAAUCCAUUAUUAGUCACCUCGACCGUUUACAUUUAUUCAGUUAGCAGACUCUUUUAUCCAAAGCGACUUACAAAAUGAGGAAAUACUAACAAAGCGAUAUAUCAUAGAGGUGUAAGAGCUAGAGUAAGGUGUUUUAUUUUUUUUUAUUUUUUUUUUAUUGGUUCGUUACAUGUUCACAGAAGAGAUGGGUCUUUAGCUGUUUUUAGAAGAUAGUGACAUUCUGCGGUCCGGAUUGAGGUUGGAAGUUCAUUCCACCACUGAGAGACAGAUAGCGUGAAGGUUCUGGAAACAAUUAGGCAACAAACUCAUUGGGUAAAAGAGGCACUCCCAGAGAGCUGGAUUCAUGUGUUGUGGUCCAAUCAGGCCUAAAUGUUUUUCAGCCAUUCACACCUCUGGCAUGUUUAGAGAUAAAAAGAGAGAAAGAAAUGCAUACAAUGAAAAGAACCUGUCAGGAAGACUAGCAGAGUCAUUAAUGUCACUAAAUGCCAGAAUAUUUUAGUCAUAAACCUAAUUGAGUCUUCCAGGAGGUUAAGACUUGACAAUAGUUGGAUCUUUUAACAAGAUUAUAACCCCAAACAACACUGAAGUGGCUAGAUUUGAAGCAGUUCAUGUGCACAAAAUCAAGAAUAUGAAAGAGCCUGAAAUGUUCUGCAGGCGGGAGCGAUCAAAGAUUCAUAUACAAGUGUCUCUAAACCUGUUAAACACGCUCCGUGAUCACUCUGUACAGGAAAAGCUAUGUCAAGUAUUAAUUGUGGGGUAUGCCUAAUUUUGAAAUUAAACUAUUUAAGUAUUAUUAACUACUAUUAAUAAUAUAUUAUUAAGAAAUAUUAGCUAUUUAAACUUACACUUACCAAACACUUUAUUAGGAACACUAUACUAAUACUGGGUAAUGUAUCAGGCAUCAUACCCACAAUUCACCAUCUUCUAAUGGCUACUUCCAGCACGAUAAUGCACCACGUCACAAAGCAAACGUCAUCUCAAACUGGUUUCAUGAACAUGGCAGUGAGUUCAGUGUUCUUCAGUGGUCUUCCCAGUCACCGGAUCUGAAUCCAGUAGAUCACCUUUGGGAUGUGGGAGAGCGGGAGAUUCACAGCAUGAAAGUGCAGCUGAAAAAUCUGCAGGAAUUUCAACAUGGACCAGAAUCUCAAAGGAAAGUUUCCAACAUCUUGUGGAAUCCAUGCCAUGAAGAAUUGAGGCUGUUUUUAGAGCAAAGUGAAGCCCUACUGAGUAUUAGCAUAGUGUUCCUAAUAAAGUGCUCUGUUAGUGUAUGAAAUAUUUUACACAUUGUAUAAACACUGUAUAUAAGCUAACAUGCCUGAAUAUUGAUAAUAGUUAUCUUUUAAUGCUUAACCAUUAGUAAUUAGUUUUUGGCUAUAAAUAAGACCAUUCGAAGUGGUUACGUUUUGUUUAGUACAGGCGCUUGUGUACGUGACUGUUUCUUUUGUCUGUUUUGUUGUUUUUCAAAUCCCACUCUGCAGCGCCAACAGUAAAUUUGACCAGUCUGUUAAUCAACCAGCAGAGGGCGCUAUUGUUAUUGUAGAAUAAGAGAAGCGAGAAACUCCAUGCCUCUUGUUGUGGCAGCAGAUGGCCUGCAGGUGUAAUCCCUGUCUAAUCUGGAGAUUUACAAUCAGUAGCCCGAAAAGAAAUAAACAGACUUGGGCUAAAAGCGAGCAACAGACAGACAUGGUUUAAAAAAUUUCACACAGGGAAGAAAAGCACCUGUAAUUUUGCAACUUUCCACAGAACAACAUCAGGUUGGAUUACACUGUUGGAUUACCUGCAGCAGAUUAUCAACCAUGUUUUUCCACAACACACUUCAGCUGGAGGAAGAGCAGUUAUUACAACUUGUUUAUGCAUCGCUUUAGUUAUUUAUUAGCCACAGGUGAUCACUAUGCUGAGCGGCUUCAUAAAUGGAAUUCUCUGUUGUUUAUCGGGGAAGUCUGCAAACAUCGUGGUCCCUAUUAAAACAUCCGAGCCCGCAGACCAUUUCGAGUUUGUGGAGGUAAAGCCUGGCAGAGUGAUGCGUAUUUGUCAUAUUAGACCUCAGCGAGCUGUGAUAGAGGAACCAGACACAGGGGAGGUGGGUACUGUGAGCUGUAAGAGGAAAAUCACAGUGUAUCACAGCGGACAGUUGUUCAUUGAGAACACGAGUGAAGCGACUCACCCAGAGCUGGUGCGCUGCCAAAACGGCGAGAGUGCUGUGGAGGUGGAUGUUGUGGACAGUAACAACACAGCCUCGGGACAGGCUGUAGAGUCCAGUUUAGCAGUAGCACAUGAGAGGCCACAGCGUGUAUGGUGCAAGCCUAAGCGUACCGUGAUGAUCGACUGUGAACGCAAGAUUACCCGGUGCAAAGAGACACACCCUGACGUGGCACUGUUCUUCAUUCAUGGAGUAGGAGGCUCUUUGGAUAUAUGGGAGGGCCAGCUGGACUAUUUCUCUCAGCUCGGUUAUGAAGUGAUCGCACCAGACCUAGCUGGCCAUGGAGGCAGCUCUGCACCUCAAAUCACAGCUGCCUACACAUUUUACGCUCUUGCUGAUGACGUAAGAAUCAUAUUCAUGAGAUAUGCAAAACGGCGGAAUAUUCUCAUUGGGCAUUCAUAUGGUGUGUCUUUCUGCACCUUUCUGGCCCAUGAGUAUCCAGAACAAGUUCACAAAGUGGUGAUGAUUAAUGGUGGUGGGCCUACAGCCCUGGAACCCAGCCUCUGUUCAGUCUUCAAUCUGCCAACGUGUGUACUCCACUGGUUGUCGCCGUGCCUAUCAUGGAGCUUCCUCAUGGCUGGUUUUGCUCAUCAGGGCCCGAGGGAAAAGAAACUUCUGAAGGAGAAAAACGCCUUCAAUGUAUCAUCUUUUGUGCUGCGGUCGAUGAUGAAUGGGCAGUACUGGCCAGAGGGGGAUGAGGUGUACCAUGCUGAACUCACCGCACCAAUCCUCCUGGUACACGGCGUGUAUGACAGGUUUGUGUCAAUACAAGAGGACCAGCGCAUGGCAGAGAUACUACUUCUGGGCUUCCUGAAAGUCAUAGAAGAGGGAAGCCACAUGGUGAUGAUGGAGUGCCCUGAUACAGUCAAUACUUUGUUGCAUGAAUUUUUCCUUUGGCAGCCAGCCACUGCCUCCAAACCCAAACCAGAAACGACACUUCUACCAAACGCUAGCAAAACCAGCGCCUCCAAAGAAACAGCAAGGCUGACAGCUGCACCCAAGACGUCAACCCUACAGCAAGACUCAAUAAGGCUAAUAACUCACCCACAGACCACAAAAUGUGCAUAAUUACACAAUGGAAAUGGUCUAUUUAGACAGAUCUACUAGAUUUGUCAUUGUAAGAGAGCACAUCACAGCUAUUCAAUAGUGAGGCGAAAGGAUGUGAUAUUUUCUACGAUAUACAGUCGUGUGAAAAAAUAAGUACACCCCAUGGAAAUUAUUGGCUUUUUUUGACAUAUUUGGACGAGCAAACAUUUGAUCAUCAUUUGAAACAAUGCAUAUUAGUAAAGUUGAUAUACUUGAACAAAACCAGAAGGAAAAUGAGAUUUUUAAAUCAUUUAUUCAACAGAAAUAUCAAUAGAUUUGAUAUUCUUCUGUGGAAAAAGUAAGUACACGCUCGGCCUCAGAAGCCAGUAUUGCCCCCUUUAGCAGAAAUUACGUCUUGUAGGCGUGUUGCAUAAUUGUCCACCAGUCUCUGACAUCGGCUUGCUGGAAUUUUUGACCUCUUUUCAAAAUUCUUCAAGAUAACACCAGACACUAGAUAUGGAAGGGAUAUAAAUAAGACUGGUUCCACUUACACCACAAUCUUCAACACCUGAGUCUAAUUUGAUGGAUUUGAAGGUGUGAUAAAUGUCGGGGUGCACUUACUUUUUUCUUACUUUGUUCAUUUAAAUUGUGAAAAUUACUUCAAAAUGUCAAUUUCAUGUCAUUUGAUAGAGUGUAACACCUUCAUUAAUAGGCACUGCAUCAAAAAGGAUGUUUGUCCAAAAAAUGUUUGUCCAAAUUUAUCAAAAAAGCCAACUUAUUUUUUCACAUGGCUGUGUAUAUAUAGUUCUGAAAACUACAGACUUUCCUGAAUUGAAAUUAGUUUGAUUCACACGUAUCUAAAUGGUAAGUGGUCUGCACUUAUAUAGCACUUUUAUCCAAAGCGCUUUACAUUGUGUCUCAUUCACCCAUUCACACUCUCACACACACCAAUGGUAGCAGAGCUGCCAUGCAAGGCGCUUAACUUGCCAUCGGGAGUAACGUGGGGUUCCGUGUCUUGCCCAAGGACACUUCGGCAUGUGGAGUCAUGUGGGCCGGGAAUCAAACCGCCAACCCUACGAUUGAAGUAAUAAAACGAGACAUAUGAAAGUUUCAGUGGGGGAAAAAUUCAUCCAGAUCGCCAAAAUACGCAGAGGGUCAGCUUUGUGUCAGAAAGACAUGUCAAAACGAAACAUAUCAGAUUUUUCAAACGAUCCUCUUCUCUGUCGAGCGCCAAUGCUAAUGGCACACCUGCUAAUUAAAAAGCAGGUUCCAGUUGUUCCAGCAUGAGAGAGAGAGAUCAAUGAUCACCCAAGUAAAAGUGCAGAAAGGCAUUUUAAGACUUCUUGGAUUCAAGAGUUUGCAUGCUCAGGUGUGAUCAUUGCACAGAAAAUGCUUUGUGACUUUUAUCCAAAGAGAGCAGAGAAAUAGCAGGAAACACAGAUUUCAUUACCAAAAUGAACCAUUUCAGGAAAGAGACUGUGAGAAAACAGGGUGAUAGUCGAAAACAUAAAAAGCUUGUGACUAUGUCAUCACAGACUGCUCCACAAAAGACACCACUAUAAGUGAACGUAGAUGAAAAUGCUGACGCUGUAAAAGGAGGCCAGACGUAUACAUACGACAGGAUGACUGAAAGUAAGUGUUUUAAAACAUUUUAAAUGUAGGUUCAUUCUUAUGUGGCAAUCGGUGCCUGUUUUUUUUUUUUUUUUUUUUUUUUUUUUUUUUUUUUAAUUAUUUAAUAGGUUUUUUGUUUGGAGUAGAGAUCGGCCGAUAAUCGGCUUUACCGAUAUUUCCCCCCGAUAUUUAAACAUUUUCCCAUAAUCGGAUAUCGGUUUCAUAAUAUCGGAUCCAAUAAAUGGUGUUUUGAGAAUUGCGCGCAGGACCCGAGGAGAGACGAGUAAAUGACGGUGUGCACAGGCAAAGUAUACUUGCUUUGCUUUAAUUAAUAAACUUUAUUUAACAUAACUGCCCUUAAUGAACAAAUGCGAUGUGUUACAUAAACGCGUGAUAUGUGGUUUAAGCAGCUUGGCCCUAAGAAUUAGAAACGAACUCACAGAGUCAUCGAAGCUUUUAUUUUAAAAAAGACACUUUAGUAACAUCCAUCCAUCCAUCCAUCUUCUACCGCUUUAUCCUUUUCAGGGUCACGGGGAACCUGGAGCCUAUCCCAGGGAGCAUCGAGCACAAGGCGGGGUACACCCUGGACAGUGUGCCAAUCCAUCGCAGGGCACAAUCACACACACAUUCACACACUUAUUCAUACACUACGGACACUUUAGACAUGCCAAUCAGCCUACCAUGCAUGUCUUUGGACUGGGGGAGGAAACCGGAGUACCCGGAGGAAUAUUAUUGUAUUCCUUAUUAUAUCUUAUUGUAGAAAUAAGAGUUGUUUUGUGUUGUUUUGUAUGCAAGGAGGAAGUGAAAUUGACAACAUUGUGAUAAAUAAAACAGUUUGUUCAGUUCAGUGUUGUUAUCAUUGUGUCAAAAACAGAAAUAAAACAAUAAAUAAAUAUUGGUUCUACAUAUCGUAUCAGUCAUAAAAAAAUCAA